AUGUCCUUUCGAAAGUCUAGAAUUCGUCCUCCCAAAAGACAUGCUACGGUGGGUCGCGAACAAGAGUAUGAAGAAGGAUUUGCUCUGUUAAGCGACGCGAUCAAGGAAAUCUUUCACAAGAAUGCAAAAAACUUGUCUUACGAACUGCUGUAUCGCACCACUUACAACCUGACCCUGUGGCAGUUCGGCGAACGAUUAUACUUUGGUGUCAAGGACGUUAUCGCGGACUAUCUGGAAAAUGUCGCAAAAGACAAUAUCGUCCCUGUAUUUGUAAACAGCUCAGAAACAGGCGCAGCAGGUGGAAGUGGCGCGGAUGUAGGUGCCUCUUUCCUAAAGACGGUCAACACUGUAUGGACCGAUUAUACCCUCGCUUUGUCACUCGUACAAAUGGCCCUCAACUAUCUGGACAACAAACUGUCAAAAUAUAACUUACCGCGUGUAUACGACAUGGGACUCGACCUGUUUCGUGAUAAGAUUAUCCGCUCCUCCAAAUAUCCGAUUCAAAUGCACCUCAUCUCGGCUAUGCUAAACCAAAUUCAUCGAGAAAGACAAGGCGACGUCAUUGAUCGAAGUGCCAUCCGAUCCACCGUCAAAAUGCUGGAAGAAUUGACCGAUUCAGGAUCUAAAGAAAGUGUCUAUGUGAUCGAUUUUGAGACCCGAUACCUGGAAACCAGUACAGCGUUCUAUCAAGUCGAAAGCCAGACCCUAACAACAUCUUUUGACGCCCCGGAAAUGAUGCGAAAGGUCGAAAAACGCAUGGAAGAAGAAUAUGAACGGACCGUUCACUGCCUAUCACUAACAACGGAGCCAAAGAUACGCCACAUUGUAGAAACCCAACUAAUUGCUAAUAAUUUACAGACAAUUAUGGAGAUGCCGAAUUCGGGUUUGCAAAAUAUGCUGGCUGCAGACAAAAUCGGAGAUCUUUCGCGCAUGUACAUGUUAUUUUCACGCGUUCCAGCUGGCCUGAGCGAAAUGAGGAUGGCUAUCCAUAAAUACAUAUUACAGCUUGGGGCUGAAAUCAAUAAUCACAUCAAUGCCGAUCUUGCAUCCGGGGCCGGGAAAGCCAGAGCGCCGGGAGAGAAAGGAGCGAUGUCUGGAAGUGCUCAAGCCGCCAUUGGAUGGGUCGAGGAAGUCUUGGCCCUUCAAAGCAGAUUUGAUAAGAUUCUCGACACCGCACUGUACAAGGACAAGGCAUUUCAAACCGCUUUCAAUGAGGCAUUCGAAAAAUUCAUCAAUGAUAACAAUCGAUCGGCUGAGUUUAUUUCACUUUUCAUUGAUGAAAAUCUGAAAAAGGGGCUGAAAGGCAAAUCUGAAGACGAGGUGGAUGAUAUUCUUGACAAGACCAUCUUGUUAUUCCGUUUCCUCCGUGAUAAAGAUGUGUUUGAACGUUAUUACAAACAGCAUCUUGCAAAACGCCUGUUAUUCAACCGUAGUGUUUCCGAAGAUGCAGAACGCGGCAUGCUGAGUAAACUAAAGAGAGAAUGCGGAUACCAAUUUACAAACAAAUUGGAAGGCAUGUUCAAUGAUAUGCGAUUAUCUUCCGAAAUGACCAGUCAAUUUAAGGACUACGGCGAAAAGGCCCUGGCGGAUCCGAUGGUCGAUGUUACAGUGACCGUAUUGACUUCCACAUUUUGGCCUAUGAACUUAUCGUCGUCUCCCAAGUGCCACAUGCCAACUGGUAUUUUGAGCGCUUGCCAAUCUUUUGAGAAGUUCUAUUUUGGCCGUCACAGCGGUCGAAGACUUACCUGGCAGCCUCAGAUGGGUACCGCAGAUAUCCGUGCCCACUUUAACGGUGGCAAACACCUUCUAAAUGUAUCUACUUAUGCCAUGAUCGUUCUCCUGUUAUUCAACGAUGCGCAAGACGACACCUAUCUGACGUUGGAAGAUAUUCAACAACAAACCAUGAUACCGGAGCAAGACCUUAAGCGCACAUUACAAUCCUUAGCUUGUGCCAAAUACAAGAUAUUAAUGAAGGAGAACAAGAGUCGCGAUAUCAAAGAAGGGGAUAAAUUCCGAUUCAAUAGCGGUUUCACCUCCAAUCUGGCAAGGAUUAAGAUCCCAUUACUGGCGACCAAAGUAGAAACAGAGGGUGAACGUAAACACACACAGGAUAAAGUGGAUGAAGAACGAAAGCAUCAGAUCGAAGCGGCAAUUGUCCGAAUUAUGAAGGACCGAAAGACCAUGGAGCACAAUCUUCUGAUUGCGGAAGUUUCCAAGCAACUCAGUUCACGGUUUAUGCCCAAUCCCGUCAUGAUCAAAAAACGAAUCGAAGCUCUCAUUGAUCGUGAAUACCUAGAACGUAGCUCGGAUGAUAGGUAA